AUGUCUUCAAGCCCAAACGUUGAAUCAUCCCUGGUGGCGUGCCUCAGCCUAGUGAACUCCCUCAUCGAUGGAGCGGUCUUGUUACCCUCUGCGACCCGCAUUAGCUGGCAACUUGCCGUACUGGAGUUCAAGAUUCUCAUUGCUAUACUCUUCCACUCGCUCAAGUUCCAGGCUACAAUGGCAGACGUUAAACAGAUGAGUGAGUGCAUGGCCGUGCUCGCACUGACGACGAGUCUGUCGGACAUGAGGGAGAAAUUGGGCGCGAUGGUCGUUGCGACGAGUAAGUGCGGAGACCCAAUCACGGCGGAUGAUAUUGGGGUGGGAGGCGCACUUGCAGUGUUGAUGAAGGAUACGGUGAAGCUGAACCUGAUGCAGACGGCGGAUGGCAUGCUGGUGAUCGUCCAUGCUGGGCCGUUCGCAAACAUCGCCCACAAGAACUUGUCGAUCCUCGCGGAUCGGGUGGUGUAUCACGACCUCUGCCAACUCGGAAAAAGGCGAUCGAUCGCACCUUCCGCACCGUCUUCCUCGAAAUAUGCUUCCACGCCACCUACGCCAAAGGCCUGCUCCGGCCCCAAUGCAAAAUCGUAG